ACGCCGCCCUCUAACAGCCUCUUGUCCACAGAUCUCCAAGCCACUGAUGGAGAAGAAGCGACGUGCGCGCAUCAACGUGUCGCUGGAGCAGCUCCGGUCGUUGCUGGAGAAGCACUAUUCGCACCAGAUCCGGAAACGCAAGUUGGAGAAGGCAGACAUCCUGGAGCUGAGCGUCAAGUACAUGAAAAGCCUCCAGAGCUCGGUGCAAGGGCUCUGGCCCGUCCGCAGCGGCGCCGAGUACCCGUCGGGCUUCCGCGGCUGUCUGCCGGGCGUUGGCCAGCUUCGGCGGCGCGGAGAGGGCGGCGGCGGCGCCGGGCUGCGCUGCCCGCUGGUGCCCGAGCGCACGGUGGGCAGCACCAUGGACAGCGCCAGUCCCCGCCCGGAGGCGCCCACGCGCUGCGGCCCCUGCGCCCCCGCCAUUUGGGCCCCUAAUCCGGGCGCCAGCGGCUCGCGGUGCCCGCCAGCCAGGCUCCUUCUCCCUGGCGGUCUCCCCGGCCCGUCCACCCACGUCCCGGCACCGCAGCCGGCGUCUCGUCACGGCGCCGAGAGCCCGGGGUCAGGGAUGCGCCUGUGGCGGCCCUGGUAA